CUUUCGGGCAUCCGAAACUUUGUUUUGCGGUGAUGGAGAGUCCACUGCACAGCACGACAAAACUGUUGUUCAGCCCAACCCGCUGGUCUGGUUAUCCAAUUCGCUCCUUCGUCGGCGACUUAGUUAUGUGUGCUGGGCUAUAAUUCUUGCAAGCGUGUUCAAUAUCUCUUGGUAUCGCAAUCAUUUCUCUACGCGCCGGGUAUAAGGCAAACCCGCGAAGAUCCGAUCGAUCCGCGAGCGCAGCUCUCGUUAAGACGACCCACUCUAGAUCCAAUAGCCUUGUUUCAUUAUUUCAGCAUUCUUUCUCUAUUUUACCAACUAUCCGCCCCUGACGAAACCAAUACUUACAUAUCAAAAUGCCUUUCUGGGGAAGCAAAUCGACGCCGACCAAGGCGGAGAGCGACGCCAGUUCGAAUGACGCAACCGACACUAAGAACGACCCGGUCGCUGCGGCAUCGCAGGCGGCGGGCACGGCCUGGCUUGAGGGCCAUCUCCACCACCUGACGGAAGAGCAGGAGCAGAAACUGGAAGGGUUCAAGAAGCUGUGCGAGCAAAAUGGAUACUAUAGGCCGGAGCGGGAUGGCGAGAAGGCUAGUCACGCUGAUGCGACGAUGCUGCGCUUCCUUCGCGCACGCAAGUUCGACAUCGAUGGCGCUUGGGGACAGUUCAAGGAUACCGAGGAUUGGCGCCGCGAGAACGCCAUUGAGUCGUUGUAUGAGAACAUCGAGGUGGAUGCAUAUGAAGCUGCUCGGCGGAUGUAUCCUCAAUGGACCGGCCGUCGUGACCGUCGCGGUAUCCCUGUCUAUGUGUUCGAGAUCCAACAUUUGAACAACAAGAAUAUGGCCGCGUACAAAUCUACCCUCUCCACUGAGACCCAACAGUCUUCGAAGGUUCCCGAACGGUUGCUACGUCUCUUCGCCCUUUACGAGAACCUCCUUCGCUUUGUCAUGCCCUUGUGCUCGCAGCUGUCUCGCCCCAACCCGGAGACGCCCAUCACCUCGUCCAACAACAUCGUCGAUGUCAGCGGAGUAGGAUUGAAGCAAUUCUGGGAUCUUAAGGGUCACAUGCAAGAUGCCAGUGUGUUGGCGACCGCUCAUUAUCCUGAGACUCUAGACCGGAUCUUCAUCAUCGGCGCCCCUUCUUUCUUCCCCACUGUCUGGGGCUGGAUCAAGCGCUGGUUUGACCCGGUCACCACGUCCAAGAUCUUCAUCCUCUCGGCCGCAGAGGUGAAGCCGACCCUGACGAAUUUCAUGGAUCCCUCCAGCAUCCCCAAGCAAUAUGGUGGCGACUUGGACUGGAAAUGGGGCGACAUGCCCAAUCUCGAUGAAGAAGCCCGUCAGGUCGUCGGCGCCCUCGAAACUCCAGCCGCUGAAGGCGAAACCAAGCCCAGCUUCAUCAAGGGCCCCGUCUUGUUCAACGGCAACACCAUCGAGGUCCUCGGCAAGGUCAACGGCGAGAGUCGGAAAUCCACCCUCCCUGCGGGUGCCCUCGCUCAGCAAGGCGGGCCCGCUGCUACCCCGGUUGAAAAGGCUGCCGCGCAAGAGACUUCUGUCGCAGCCACUGAAGACGAGAAGGUGGCUGCCGUGCAAGAAGACGCGGCCGCCCUCAAGUCAGAAGCUGAGACGGCCACGAACACCGUUGCCGUUUGAGUUUAUCCCAUUUGACCUAUUCCUCUCGUUCCGACUAUAAUAUCCUUCUUUCUUAGCCAAUUUUCUUCGCUUCAUCUCUCAUCAAGACAUUCAUCAAGACACUAAUCAACAAACCAUAUGAGGCGUCAUUCGGAUCGACUUGGAUAAUUACAUAGAAGAUUUCUGCACUGCAUUCCACACGAUGGGCUUAUUUGAAGAGACGAUCAGUACAAUCUGAGUUCACCAAACGAUUGAUCAGGGCUUGGUCUGACUUGACUCAGGUCGAUUGCUCAGUCUACACCUGGCACUUCUCUAUUUCUCCAUCAAUUCCCAUACUCUAGCGGCUGGGGUCUAUGCCUGAUAUAUAUUCGCAAAACUAAUAUUUCAUUUUAACAUUUUUAUUCGAGAUGCUUUGAGCACUAAUUUAGACAUUUAUUCUCAUCUGGGGUUAUCUCGGGUCCAGCGUUGCGGUUGCUGUUCUUAGGCUUCACUUCGGG